AUGAAAUUGAAGUCUAAGAAAGGAUGGAAAUCUAUUGUACCUCUUCAUUUGAAAGGGAAAUCGUCAACCCGUUUUUCUUUAUUUCGCAAAGUCAAUUCAGCUGGCUAUGGACCUGGAAAAACACCAGUUUAUCUGAACGUGUAUGACUUGACACCCAUGAAUGGUUAUGUGUAUUGGGCCGGUCUUGGUAUCUAUCACUCUGGUGUAGAAGUUCAUGGUGUAGAGUAUGCAUUUGGAGCUCAUGACUACCCAACAAGUGGUGUUUUUGAGGUUGAACCUCGUCAAUGUCCUGGCUUCAAAUUCAGGAAGUCAAUAUUCAUAGGAACCACAUCUUUGGAUUCUACUCAGGUUAGGGAGUUCAUGGAACGCCAGUCAGCAAGCUACAAUGGUGACACAUAUCACUUAAUUGUUAAGAAUUGCAACCAUUUCUGCAAGGACAUCUGUUACAAGCUGACCGGGAAAUCGAUUCCAACAUGGGUAAAUCGAUUGGCCAAGCUAGGUUCAAUUUGCAAUUGCAUUCUUCCUGAAGCACUAAAGAUUUCUGCUGUGGGGCACGAUCCAAAUUAUCAGCCUCAAGACAGUGAAAAGAGAAGGCUUCGAAGUGGCUUCAAUUGCUUGUCCUCAAUUUCAAUGCGGCAAAAGCACCUCUCCACUUCUUCACUGUUUCUGCAGUCUCCCUUAAGAGGUUGCUUGUCAUCGUCAUGGCCCUCGUGGGAAUUGAGAAAAUCCAUUAACCGUUCCUUGAAAGAAAGAUAA